AUGUAUAGAACUCCUCAGCCCCUCCAUCCCGCCCCCCAGCCCGCGGCCUCCCCACAGCGGCCCUUCGCGGUCGAAUCUGCUAUUGGAUACUUAUAUAUCAUCAUAAGACGAUUAAAACUGGAGAUACUCCGCGUACCAGCCGCUAUUCAGGGAGAAAAGGGGGGCAGAAACAGCAACAUCACAAGUUCAGUUCUUUUCUUCACUACGACAACGCGCUUCAUACCUUUGCACAUUCACUUGACCCAGAUGUCACGUCGUCAACGAUUAAAUAUGUCAACCCACCAUCGGCCGCCUCUUGAAAGGAGCCAAAUACAGCCAGUCUCUCUGCUGCCAACCAGCCCACAGUUGAGCUUGGUGAUGCGACCGAGGCUGACAGGAUCUUCAACGUCAUCGUUGGCCAGUGUGAGCCACAUCCCCAAUCCAAGGAGGCCUUAUACCAAUAUUUUGUCUUCUUUGAUACCAAAGAAUACCCAUCCGGGCCACCGGACUUUCAAAAGGGUGCAGCUCGCUUUGCCAGCUUUGGUUCCCAGUCUGCAACCACUGAGAAGGCAGAGGCUGAAAGACUUGUUAAUCUAUUCGCGGAAUACCCGUUCAGUAACUCUUUCUUGCCAUGUAAGUAUGGUCGCUGGUGCUGUGCAUCGUUUUAGUCGUACACUUCUCAUAGUGAAAUCGCCGGGGAACAGAACACCACAGCCCACACCAGCAGCAUUAUCUGGCCCUCUUGAAAAUGUGGCUGGGCCUUCUGCAAGACUGCCAUAUCUCCGCAACGAUUGUUUGAUCCGUGGUCAUCAUCGUUGCGUUGCUACGCGUACGUCUGAUGCGGAAGAGGCAGGCAAGAGAAAAUACUAUGCAAUAUUACGCAUGUUCGACCUCAGCGUGAUUAGCUUAAUCGAGGGUCCUGAUAUUGACCCUUCGACCCUGAAGUUACUUGCUAUAUCCUGCGCGAUUUGUAUCAUACUUCAACUUAGCGGUGCUGGAGAAUACAUCGACCGAAUCACCCGUGGCAUGGAGGUUAGAGCGAUGGCUCUACGGAGCUUAGCCACAUUGCUUUCCUGGAAUUGGAGAGCACAGGCAUGA